ACGAAUUCCAACAGAACACUGCCGAAACACCUGACUUCCCUCCCCGUUCAACACGUUCAAGGUUCAUAACUUCACGAUGGCAUCAGAGGCAGUGGCGGCGGAGCUCGCCAAAGCACGGUCGGCCUCCGAUAAGGCCCCGAUUUACGAAUCCAUCAUUUCAAACACCAAAAAUCUCUCCAGCUCCUCCGCCAUCAGUGCCGACCUUAAAAUCAUUCUAACCUCCCUCUUCGAUGACUCGCUGGGCAUAGUGGCCACCCGCGGGCUCCUCCACUCCUUCGUCGAAACAUUGCGGGCCCUGGACGACCACGAGAGUUGGAAAGAUGUCGGCCUCCACGCCCUCUCCCUCCUGGCAUCCCAGCAGUCCACCUCCUUCCUGGAGCAGGCCGCCCAGUUCCGAGACCUCGUAGCGACCGCGUACGAAGCCGAAGAAGACUUUCUGGCCGCCGCGCAGUGCCUCGCCGAAAUCCCCCUCGACUCGUCCCAACGCAAAGUCACCGACACCGACCGCGCCCGCGUCUGGGUGCGCAUCGCCCGCAACUACCUCGAGGAGGACGACACCACCGCGGCCGAGACGUACGUCAACAAGCUCAAGAACAUCAUGCACGUCGUGUCCGACCGCGAGCGGCCCGCCGACGCCCGCGACCUCGACCUCCACUUCCGCCUCAGCCAGGCCCGCAUCCUCGACUCCAAGCGCGACUUCCUCGCCGCCGCCGCCCGCUACCUCGACAUCAGCCUCAUCCCGGCCAUCGCCGAGGAGGAGCGCCUCCAUACCUUGGCCAUGGCCGUCAAAUGCGCCAUCCUCGCCCCCGCCGGCCCCCUGCGCAGCCGGACCCUGGGCCGCCUCUGCAAGGACGAACGCUCCGCCGGGCUGGCCGAGUACGGCAUCCUCGAGAACAUCUACCUGGACCGACUCCUCUCCCAGGACGAGGUCGACAAGUUCGCCCAGGGCUUGCAGCCGCACCAGCUCGCCACUACUGCUGACGGGUCGACGGUCCUGGCCCGCGCCGUCGUCGAGCACAACCUCCUCGGCGCGUCUCGGCUCUAUGCCAACAUCGGGGUCGACGCCCUGGGCGCCCUGCUCGGGCUGGACCCGGACAAGGCGGAGGAGACGACGGCGCGCAUGAUCGAGCAGGGCCGCCUCGUGGGCCGGAUUGACCAGAUCGAGCGCAUCAUCUGGUUCGAGAGGGGAGAGGCUUCUGGCGAGAAGGGCAGCGGGCGGGCCGAAAUGGUGGUGGGCAAGGAGAUGCGCCAGUGGGAUGUCAACAUCCAGAGCGUGGCCGAGGAGGUGGAGAAUGCGACCAACGCUCUGCAGAAGGAGUUUCCGACUUUCGUGGCGAACAACCUCCAUGUGUAAGAGGAAGCAGAAGAAACAGAAGAAACAAAAGAAGAAACGGUCACAGUCAUGACAUUCACGAGACGAACAUGCAUCUGGCGUUAGAACGGAACUGGGUUUGGGACAGUCUCAAUCAGGGUCUUAAGCUGAACGAAAAGCAAAGCAAAAGCAUAGCAUAUUUACAGAGCGGCAGAUAAACGAGAACCCGAAUGGUGUAGGCGGCGU